AUGGUCGUAAAAAAAGAAGUUAAGGAGAAAACAAAUAACCCGAUGCGAGAAAUAAAAAUCCAGAAGCUAUGCCUUGAUAUCUGCGUUGGGGAAAGCGGUGACAGACUAACUCGAGCUGCCAAAGUUUUAGAGCAAUUGACUGGUCAGCAACCCGUUUUCAGUAAAGCACAUAAGACUAUUAGGAGUUUUUCGAUCAGACGUAAUGAAAAAAUUGCUGUCCAUUGUACUGUGCGGGGUCCAAAAGCAGAGGAAAUUUUGGAAAAGGGUCUAAAGGUGAAGGAAUACGAGCUUCCUAAAUCAUGCUUCAGUAAAACCGGAAACUUCGGCUUUGGAUUGACCGAACAUAUUGAUCUUGGAUUAAAAUACGAUCCCGCUAUUGGGAUUUAUGGAAUGAACUUCUACGUCAUUUUGGGCAGACCUGGGAUGCGCGUUAGAUAUCGCCGGGUUGGCAAUAGUCAUCAUGUCCAGAAGGAAGAAGCUAUGAAAUGGUUCCAAACAAAGUUUGAUGGUAUUUUGUUAAACAAAUAA